AUGUAUUUAAAUAGAAAAAUUUCUAAAAAACAUUUACCACAAUUUAUUUAUGAUUCAUUCAAACGAUCAACAAUAAAUAAAUCGAAAACUUCUCCUUUACUUCCUCCUCCUCAACCAUCAAUUGAAAGUGAAGAAAUAAGCUUAGCUGCUAGUAUUAUUGACAAAGCAAAACGUACAAUUGAACUUGAACAUAGUAAACGAUCGACAUCAUCAUUAUCAUCUGCAUUUAUUAAUCGUUUAAAUGAAUAA